GAAGAAAUUCCAACAAGAAGUGUUUGGGGACCAUCUGAAACAACAAGUGGAGGACCGUCUGAAAUUCCUUGACACGUACUGGGGAAGUACCACAGAAAAAUAUUGAUGUCAUGAAGGAGGCAGUGCAGGAGGCAACUGUUGUUCAAGCCAAAGUGGCCAAGAAAGAGAAAAAGAAGAAGAAGAAAGAAAAGAAAAUUUCCUCUGCCAAUGAUGAUACCCUGGAUACUACACAGGAAGCAGACACCACUCAAGAAAUGGAUGUCUCACAGACAGAGGAGCCAAAGAAGAAGAAGAAGAAAGCGAAGAGAAAAUCAGAGGGAGAGGGUAUGGACACCACCCAGGAGAUGGAUACCACCCAGGAAGAGGAGCCUCCCAAGAAGAAGAAGAAGAAGACUAAGGUGGAGGCUGAGGAGGUUGAUGAACCUGAAGAAGACCUGUCAAAGAAGAAGAAAAAGAAGAAGAAGAAUAAGGAGUAAUGGUUGAAGGGGAAUGCAAAAUUAUCUGAAAAUUUGCCACAUACAAUAAGAAUCCCCCACACACAUGUACAGUGUACAAGUAUUUACUAGUGUUUCAUUUAUAACAAAUUUUAAUGUAAUUCGUAAAUAAGUGAACAACUGGUAUCAAUUCUCAGUUUAUUGCAAAAUAUUUUACACAAACAUGGAAUUCUCUUCUGUUAAAAUGCUGGAAUGAAAAACAGAUACAUUUAUUGCAUAUAAUAGAGUAAUAUUUUAAUAAAACUGACAGAAAAUCAUCAGUA